GUGCUUGUUUCUUCCACCUUUCGGGCGUCCGCCGAAGAUGCUCUCUACAAUUUGUUAAAUUUUUGCGUUAAAUUCGAGUAAUUUGUUAGUUAUUUACUCGGGAAACGGUGAACGGCGUUGUUAACUAGUGAAAGGCGGGUGUGCUUACAUGAAAACGUUGAAAUUACACGCAUAUUGAAGUGUUGAAAGUUAACUAGAAGAAAAGUGAAGAAAAAGUUCUAUGACGGUGCCGAUUUCCUAAGCAAUUUUGAUUUUGGCCAAAAAUCAAAGCAACCCGAAACGGAACUAUAGGUUCAGUUGAGUGAUAUUUCAAGGACUCGUCAAAAGUUCAAGGAAUCGCAGCAUAAUUACAACAUUAGCGGCUGGGGGAAGAACAGAAUAGAAUCAAGAAGUCGCAACACCGCCACUGAAGAAUUUGCGAUCGGUUCGCGCCACCCGGAACAGCACGAUGACGACGGGGACGGCCGGCCAGCUUCCGGGCCACGAGCAGUACGAAAAGGUGCGGAAGGCGUUGCAGGGCGCAAAUCGGUCCCAGAUUGACAAGGCACUGGAGCAGUUGGUCAAAACGUGCCAGACGGCGACCAGGCCGGAUGCUGCGGCGGAAAAGGUAAAAAUUGACGAUGACCAGCUGAGUUUCUGGUUGAAUGACGUUCUGCGGCUGCUGUUUGACUGGGAGAACGCGCUGACGCGGGAUUUGGCGCUGAAGGCGUCGGAAGCGAUCAGUGCACACUUGUCCCAGACGACAUAUCUGGAGAGUGCGGCGUGGCCAGCGCUGAGGCAACAGAUUAGCACAACGUACUCGAACCUGCUCGAGCAGGCGCGGGGUCGGAACGAUCCCGAAUGGCACCGGAAGUGGGAGGUUAUGGUGCGGAUCUUGGACAAAGAGAUUUGCCAGGGGGCGGCCAUCAUCAACGCGUACUUGGCCAUCGUCGAGAGUGGGUUCAGGUCGGCGGAACUGCAGGUCCGGGAGCAGUCGUUUGAUUGCUGGAAGGUGCUGACGUUCAUCUUUGCCAAGUACAGCCAGAUCAACAGCCCGAAGCGGGUCAAACUGAUCUGCAUUCCGCUGAAGAGUUCCAAGUCAAAAACGGAGAUGAUCGCCCGGCGGAAGUUUGAGAUCUGGUGGUUUAUGGUGAACCAACUGGGCGAGGAGUUGGAAAAGUUCGCCGAUGCCGUGUUCGAGCCGUUCAUCUACUUUUGCUUUGGACCGUCAUUCAAGACGCCGCUGUGUUACUACUUUGACGACAGCUACCAGGAGUACGGCACGCCGGGAAAGUUCUUCGACUCGAUCAAGCAACUCUCGGCGAUCGCCCUCAUCCACAUGCUCGGGCCCGCCGACAAGGUCACCGAAUCGCUGUUACAACAAAGCAACGGCUGCGCGGCCAGCUUCAACCUGUUGAUCCCGCUGAAGCCCAUCCCGGCCCGGCUCGUGUCGGAGAAGCUGAAGCUGCUGUUCAACUCGUGCCUCGAGUGUACCGUCCUGCUCGCCCAGAUGAAGGACAAACCGUACCUGGAGCUGAACCGGAACCUGUGGCGCAAUCUGCUCGCGCGGGUCGAGUGCGAGGAGAGCGUCACGAAGCCGGAGAUGCUCGCCUGGAUGCAGGAGAAUCUGAGCGCGCUGGUCAAGCUGAGUAUCCUCCGUCGAGACGACGCCAUGCGAGAGAUCACCUUCGACACGGUUCGCAUGGUUGCGGAAACGAACCUGAUGGCCGUCACGAUCGGCCAGGACUCGCCGGAACAGCUCACGAACAACUACAAGCUGAUGAUGCCGCUACUGCUCAACGCCGAAUUGCUCUUUCCACCAGAGACUUCCCGCACAAUCUUGUCCCACUGGUUCGACCUGCGACGGUACACGAGCACACCCCGCGGCUACUGGGACCUGCUGCAGAAAACCGUCCAGUACCUGGCCGAUCUGGACGCGAAACUCUUCGGCGAUGCCCGCUAUCGGUGGAUUGUGACGCAGAUCUACCGCACGAUGGCGCCGCUGCUGCGCGAACAGAUCAACAAAUGUCCCCGCGGGGGCGACCAGUUUGAGCAGAACUUUUUGCCGGUCGCACUGGGCUUUCUGCUUUUCCCGCUGGAGUACGAUCGCUUCGUGCAGGUUGGCGAACUGCGCGAGGAGUGGCAGGCCGUUUAUGGGGCGGUUGUGGCGGCGGGGCAGAAGGGCAGUACACGGUUUGCGUGCGCGUUCAGCGAGAUGAUCAAGGCGAUGAUCGUGGCCAAGUACGGGGCGAAUUUGGGGGUGAUUUUGGAGUACUUUCGGGUGGUGCUGGAGUCGGUGCCGGGGGACUUUGACAUGGCGCAUCCGCCGAUCAAGACGCUGGAGGUGUUUAAGGAUCUGAUGCGGAAGGGGGUGGUCCUGCAGGAGAGCUUGAUCGAGGUGGCAAAGAGCAUUGCGGAGUUUCGGAGGCUGCUGGAGAGGAUGUCGAACAGGGGGUUGCUGGCGGUGAUCAUGCCGAUUCGGAACGUGGUCAGUGAGAUGAUUAGCGUGGAGCGGGAAACGAUCGCGGAGGAGGUUCGGAGUACGUUCAAGCUGCUCGCGGAUCGGUUCGUGACGGCGAAGUUUGUCACGGAUGUGCGGAGUCAACCGAAGGAGGUCAAGUGGAACUGCAAGAUGUUGGUGGGGCUGUUUUUGGAACUUCCCGUGGCCAUGCAGAAGCAGUGGAAGGUGGGUGAACUGCGGAAGUUGGUUGACGUUUGCGAGGGGAAGGAAACGCCGGGCAAGCCGGCGAAGAACAGCAAGAAGGAAGAGUUUGUGGUGAUUAACAAGGUGUGGAACUUUACGCCGGACAAGUUGACGGAACAUCAGCGCGAUCGAAUGCGCGAAAAGCGGGACGACAUCCCGGCGCUGUACAACGACAUGAGCCAAUCGCAGGACAGCUUCGUGAUCAAGCCGUGGACGCCGAACAAGAUGGCGCAAUCGAACGCUAAGAACGAUACCGAUGCCAGCUCGGCGGCCAUGAACGGGGAGGCGCAGCAGGAGGCGUCGGUGCCGAAGGAGGAGGGAUCGACGGGGGUGACGACGACGACGACGACGGAGAAGAUCGACAAGGAGAACAACAAUGGGAACGUCCCGAAUGGCAGGGAUGGUGACGAGAAGGAGGGUGAGGGUAGCGGGACCACCGGGAAGAAGGCUACGACGACCGGUGAUAAACGAUCUAGGGUGGCGCGUGAGUUGGAUCGUCUCAAGAUUGACGCGAUCGAGGGGCAGAAUCUGCAAGCUGGAAGGUUAGCUCGCACGAGGAGGUCGGAAAGUUUAGAACCGUCCGGUCCACCAACGCGGAGAAAGGCGGUAGAACCGAAGAAGCGCGAGCUGACGCAGUCCGCGAGCCGUCGCAGCACUCGAAAAUCUCUCGGUCCGAUCAAGCAGGAAUCGGCACCGGAGUUGACCGCGUCGUCAACACAGGAAACGUCCCCGAAAAAGGAGCGUCCGAAGAGUCCCGCCGAACCGCGAACCUCCCCGCGUAAAUCGCUCAACUUUGACAACGUCGUCGACCGGGAACCUGCGGCAGCGACGGAAGCCCCCAGCACGAGUUCGCCGGUUAAGGCGAAAGCCAGCAACGAAUCGAUUGACGAGGUUAUUGAGUCGUCGCAGGCGAGUCCUGGCGCGGCUGCGCCGCCAACCCGGAAGUUUACCCCGCGCAAACCCAAGGAAGAGCAAGACGUGGUGAUGGCCAGGGAAACGCCGCCUCCGGCGACGGAGGAGGCUCUUCAAUCGCCGAGCAAAAAUCUGAGGAGUUCGGCGCAGAAGCUUGCCGAGAUGGACACCGAGCCGAACACGGAGAUUCCGGAGACGCAGACGCAGAUGGAGGUCGUGGAGGAGACGCCGAAGGUGUCGUCCAAGAGUCCUAAGAAGGAAGUUUCGCCGGCGCGCGCAACGCGCAGUCCCCGAAAGGAACCGGUUGUCGAGGAGGAGGUCAAGAAGUCGGCUUCGCCUGCUCGCGCAGCGAAGAGUCCCAAGAAGCGAUCGCUGAGUCCGGCGGCACCGGAACCGAUGGAGGUCGUGCCGGAAUCGCCGGAGAAGCCCAAGGAGGAAGCGGCGCUGGUUUCGCCGAACCUGUCGCCGAUCCGGGACAACCUGGACGAACAGAUGGAACCGCUGGCGAAGGCGUUGAACCGGAGUUUGGUGUCGUCGCCGGACGGCGCGGGGCAAGACGAGCGCGAGGCGGAUCUGCUGAACAGCACGUUGAACAUUUCGCCGAUCCCGGAGGAGAAGCAUCAACCGUCGACGCCGUCGGCGAGCUCCGGAGGAGCUGCAGUGAGUCAACCAACGUCAGGUAGUGGUGAAAAGCGCGCCUCUAGCCGGAUCAUGGACCGGGAAAAGGCCGUGAUGCCAUCGCCGACGGUCACGCGACGCACGCGCAACUCCCCGCCGGUCAUCCCGGCUGCGGUCGCAAACCUCAAGGCCCGUGCGGCCACCACUCCCCAGAUGACGCCGCGAAGUCCCAGCGCGAACCGGAUCGAACUCCGCGGUCGUGGCGCCCAGCUCAUCAACCUGAUCCGCAACCAGCAGCACGAAGGUUCGCCGAAACCUUCAACCCCGGUGCCGAACACGUCCACGCCCAAGCAGGGACCGUCGACGCCCAGCGAUCGCAGCCUGAUGCUGCGCAAGUUGGCCACGAGUGGCGCCUCGGCCACCGCAACAACGGUCGCCCAAUCGCCGGAACAACCCAAACCGCUGCUAGAGAAGGAAAAGGAGAAGGAUUACCUGGUGUUUACGAAGGUUCUGCCCUCGCCGCAAGCAUCGCCUGCGGCGAGUAUCUUGAAGCGGAAGUACAACCACGACGACAGCGGCGACGACGAAUCGCCGGCCAACAAGCGCAAACGGGUCAGCUUCCACGACCCGCCCGUCAGCAUCACCAAGGAAUACAUCCGGCAAGAGGAGGAACUCGGACGAUCCCCGUCGAUUAUUCGCUGCUUGCAGAUGAGUUCGGGCUCGGGUGGAAUGUCCCCCUCGGAUAAGGCCAAAUUCCUGCUGCGUCGCAAGAGCAAAGCGGACAGCAUGGUCGAGCUGGCCAAGUUCACCAAGGUGGAGGAAGCUCCGGCAGCGGAAGUUGCCGCCAAGGACGACGAAGAGGAAAUUGGCUCUUCGCCGGAAUCGCUCGACGGAGAUUUUGUCAUCAACACGACCGACCAGAUGGAGGCGCUUCACGUGACCACCGACGUGCCGGACGAUGUCGACGUCGAGAUGAAAGAGGCAGACGAACCCGUUCCGGAACCAACGCCACCAACACCCGCAGAACUGCCCAAGCGAACCUCCCCGCGCAAAAUCUCCCCCAAGUCCGAACCCGCAGCCUCCCCCAAAAAACCAACCAGCCCAGUCCCCCCUCCCCAACCCGACACCAGCCUUCACUUCCCCUCGGAAGACGAAGUCCUCACCCACGUAAUCUCCACCUACUCCCUGGACGCAAUCCUCGAACGCUACCUGUCCGCCGGCAAAACGCUCCAACACCCCAAAACGGCCCGCCUCCUCACCCGCGAACUGUCCACCCUGAUGGCCAAGGACGCCAAAACGAAGCACACCGUCCUGGACGAACUGUCCGAGCGCCACUCGGCCGAAUUCCUCGACCACGCCGUGCAGGAAAACUCGUCGGCCAUGGUUUGCGCCCGACUCUCGCUCACCACGAUGGCGGAGUUUGUGUUUGAGGCGCUGCGGAAGGAGGAGCAGGACCAGCAGGAGGAGGAACGGACGCGCGUCCUCCAGACCGUGUUUGACCAGCUGACUCGUAUCGAUCAAGCUAGCGGUGGUGGGGUGGAGUUUGCGGCGAUGCGGGAUCGCUUUGUGCGACGGGUCGUGCACGGGAAGAGUAAACUGGAGAUUGUGGCGCUGCUGGAGGAGUACUUUGUGGUGGGAAGUAGUCGGACGGAGCAAGCCGGAAGUAGUGGCGGCAGCACGUGACGCGAGCGUGUUCUUAAUGUAUUGUAAGAGAGAGAUUUUCGCUUAAAUUGUAAGGUAGAGCUAUUUUUAAUGACGUAUUUUUUACCCGAAAGUUUUACGAAAUUUAAUUGUACUAUUUCAUCACGCAGUGUAUUUAAGGUAAUGUUAAGAGUUUGACCCUGGGCAGUGUCGGCGACACGUGCAGAAAUACAAUAAAAAAUCAAGAAUGAAAAAAAAAAUGCUUGCCUUUUCUAAAACAAGGAAUAAUAUCAAAAUGAUAGAAAUUAACGUUAAAGCAACACAACAAAUGGUACAAAAUCUGAGCUGAUUAUAUUUUUGCAAAUGUUUGAGAAACUGUGUCACGUCGAAAUUGUGUGAAAAAGACAAAAAAGGUAAAUAAAGAAUGAGUGAAACAAAAAAA